UUGAAUAGAAAUGAGAUCUUUACAAAAUGUUAUAAAUUAGAAAACUCUAAGCUUACCGCAUUGGAAACUCAAAUUGAAUCACUAAUUUCCAAAGUUAACCGAUUAGAAAAUGAUAAAAUUUUAUAUCAAACUGAAAAUAAUAAACUUAAAGAAGAAUUACAACGCAUUGCCAGCAGAUAUGACGACUCAACAAAUAACCUACCAGAACAAAUAACUGAAACAACAAGUAACCAGCCAUUACUAGUUAUCGACGUGGGGUUAGAGAAUCGAGCAGCAAGUGACGAGGAGGAAUCAAGUGAUUCAACAUGGUUGCUGGUUGAAUUCUCAGAACCAAGCACUGAAGAAAGUUCUGAAGAGAGUUCAGACGAACGUAAAAAAAGAAAAGGGUGA